AUGUCAGUAAGUCAAAUAAAUAAAAAUAGUCCAGUCAAAGAAGAAAAUAAUAGUCCAGUUGAAGAAGAACAUAAUAGCUUAAUUAAAGAAGAACAUGAGAGUCCAGUCAAAGAAGAAUAUAAUAGUUCAGUAAAAGAAAAGGUAGAAGAGAAUGUUUAUAGUCCAUUCAGAGAUAUGUCAAGUCUAGAAAAGGUAGAAGUAGGAGCAAUUUCUAACAUUAAGUCUGUAAGGUCGGUAUCCGCUUUUAUAAAUGUUUUUAUAGAAAAGAUUCAAAUUAAUAUGGAAGUUGACACAGGUGCUUCUUCGAACAGAAAAGGAAAAUCAGCUACUCCAUUAAAGAAAAAAAGAAACAUUAAAAAAGUUAAAAAAUCUGAUAAAGAAAGCGAUUGUACAAUAACGAACGACCAACUCAUACAAAAAGAAGAUUUUGUAUUAGUUCAAUUUCCAACCAAAUCAUAUGUUGCCUAUGCUGGCAGAAUUCAAAAAGUUGUGGAUACUGACGAAUAG